CGCUUUGUUUUUCCAAGCCUCGUAUUAUUUUAAGUGCUUAAAUGGCUACCAGAAAGCGCUGCCGGGUUUCAUGCUUACUUGGAUUACUCUUGAGUGCUUUAGUCGGUGUGACCUCGGGGGCUGAGCUGUCCUUCACGUUGGAGCCCAGUGACAUCAUCGCCGUGCAGGAGCAGCCCCUCAUGCUCCACUGUCAGGUGGAGGGCAUCCCACCAAUCACCACGCAGUGGAGGCGGAACGGCAUGCUGCUUCUGGAGGACCACAACUACGCCAUGUUUGUGAACGGCUCGCUCCUGAUCGGCUGGUUUCAGAGGACCAAGCUGGACGGCUCUUCCGAUGAGGGGGACUAUGAGUGCGUGGCCCAGAACUCCUUCGGACUGGUGGUGAGCCGCAGGGCACGAGUGCAGGCCGCAACGAUGGCCGACUUCCAUGUGCAGCCCCAGUCGGUGCGGGCGGAGGAGUCGGGGGUGUGCCGCUUCCAGUGCCAGAUACACGGCCUGCCGGAGCCCGCCAUCAGCUGGGAGAAGGACGGGGAGGAGGUGGACACGGAGGACGAGAGGUACACGCUCCUGCCCACAGGCGUGCUGCAGAUCACAGGCCUGCGCCCAGAGGACAGCGGCGUGUUCCACUGCGUGGCGCACAACAGCGCCGGCGUCAAACGCAGUGCGGCCGCCAGACUCACCGUGUCAGGCUCCCAGUCUUCUGUUUACAAGGAACCCAUGAUCCUAGUGGGCCCUGAAAACCUCACUCUCACCGUUCACCAGACCGCCAUUUUGGAAUGCGUCGCCACUGGAUACCCACGGCCAAUCGUCUCCUGGAGCCGACUGGACGGGCGUCCGAUAGGAGUGGAGGGGAUCCAGGUGCUGGGCACGGGGAACCUGAUGAUCUCGGACGUCAGGGUGCAGCACUCGGGGGUCUACGUCUGCGCGGCCAACAAGCCCGGGACCCGCGUGCGCAGAACUGCGCAGGGACGCCUGGUGGUGCAAGCUCCAGCAGAGUUUGUCCACCCUCCCCAGUCCAUCGCCCGGCCGGCGGGCACCACGGCGGUCUUCACCUGCCAGGCGCAGGGCGAGCCCGUGCCCCAGCUCACCUGGCUGAAGAACGGGCAGAUCCUGGAGCCCGGAGGGCACGUCAAGCUCAGGAACAACAACAGCACGCUGACCAUCUACGGGAUCAGCCCGGAGGACGAGGCCAUCUACCAGUGCAUCGCGGAGAACAGCGCCGGCUCCAUCCAGGCCAGCGCCCGGCUGACGGUGCUUUGGGCCGACGGCCUCCCCGGGGCCCCGGGCCUGGUCCGGGCCGACCCCCUCUCCCCCAACGCCAUCCAGCUGUCCUGGAAGCAGCCCGGCCAGAACACACAGGACAUCAUCGGAUACGUCCUGCACAUCCGCAAAACCGCAGACCCCAUCGAGAUGGAGUACCAGGAGGCUGUCAGCAAGAGCACUCUGCAGCAAGUGGUGGGCGACCUGGAGCCCUCCACCAGCUACACCUUCUACGUGAAGGCCUACACCUCGCGUGGAGCCAGCAAGCCCUCGGACCACGUGGUGGAGAGCACGCCAGGGGAGGUGCCGGCCCCCCCGACCCUGUUCACCAAGGUGGUGAACUCCACCACGGUGCUGGCCGUGUGGGAACCUUCCGGAAAGAUGGGCCAGCACGAGGGCUUCAGGCUGUACUACCGUAAGGUCCACUCGUUCCCUUUCACGGGACCGCUGACUUUCACUCGCAACGUCACCCAAUACAACAUCACACAGCUAGACCCGGCGUUGGUGUACGAGGUGAAGGUGCUGGCCUUCAACCAGCACGGAGACGGCAAUGCCACCCUGCGCUUCAUCUCGCUGAAGGAGGCCAUGGAGAGAUCUGGUGAUUGUCCCUUCACCGGUACACCCUGUGCUCUGAACACUCCCUGUGACUGUGUGAAGGAUGAGCCGAGCAAGACCUCCACCACCGGCAUCAUCAUCGGCAUCCACAUCGGGGUCACCUGCAUCAUCUUCUGCGUGCUCUUCCUCAUGUUCGGCUACAGGGGGAGGCUGAUGAUGUGUAAGACGGUGCAGGACAGGCUGGCCACUCCCCCGGCGGGACGCAGCGGGGCCCUGGACCCCUCCCAGGGUGCCGUGUCCCUGAACGGGGUCAGCAGGGCCAGCGGCGAGGGCAACGGGGGCAUCGUGGGAAAGAGCCGGGCGGAAACCAAGGAGCUGGAGCAACUGUUUCCGGGGCGACACAGAGGACUGAUGGUGGAGGGCGUGGCCUCCUGUCCGCUGGACGAGACGCAGAUGUCCACUCUGCCCUUGGACGACUUCAGCCUGGUGGAGGAGGGGGAGACGCAGUUCCGGGAGCCGCCAGCAGAGGGCAGGGGUACGAGCGGGCAGCAGGGCGAGGGGUGACGGUCGAAGCCCUCCACGUUCCCGCGCCCCGCACGCAGUGUCCCUGCUAUGACUGUAC